AUGGAGCGCACUUGGAGGGUUUGUGUUUGUUUGUACUGCUGCUUGUCCUGGCUCUCUGCAGGCACCCAGGGCUCGCCCCGCUCUCGGGGCCGGGGGGGCUCUGCAGUGACCCCCGGGCUUCUGGGGGCUCCCGAGGAUGCCGAGAGCCAGCUCAGCGCGGGGCUGCAGCUGCCCCGAGGCGCGGCCCCAGCCCUGCUGCCCCCGCUGCUCAAGGUGCUGCACGACCGCGGCCCCCGCGGCUGGCACGGCGAGGCGCCGCGGCUGCAGCCGGACUCGCGGGCCCUCCGGUACAUGAAGAGGCUGUACCGGCUGUCUGCCACCCGGGACGGCAUCCCCCGGGCGCAGCGAGGCCGCCUCUACAACACGGUGCGGCUCUUCACGCCGAGCUGGGAGUGCGAGCGCAGCCCCGCGCCCCUGGCCAAAGGAGAUGCUCACUUGGUGGAUUUACUCUUCAGCUUGGAUCGUGUUACUGCUCUGGAGCACUUACUCAAGUCUGUCUUGCUCUAUUCCUUUGACACAUCUGUUCCCAUUUCCUCUUCCAUUACCUGCAUAUGCCAUUUAUCCCUUAAGGAACAUGAUUUUUCCAGCCAAGUUUGUCCCAGCAUUUCCCACUCUUUAGCUUUUAGCCUGCACUCUGACGUUAGGAAACGCAAAUGGGUGGAGAUGGAUGUGACUUCUUUCCUCCGGCCUCUGAUUGCUACGAACAGGAGGAACGUGCACAUGGCUCUGAACUUCACUUGUCUGAUGGGUGACCCACAAGGGAGCACGAAGCUGGGAAAGGUUAUGAAUGUGACACUGGUUCCCCCUUCCCUUCUGCUCUAUCUGAACGACACCAGCGAGCAAGCUUAUCACCGGGGGAGCUCACUGGGGCACGGGAGGAAAAGCGGCAGCCCGCAGGUGGAUGCUCCAAGGGGUGACCAAGGCAAUCGCCAGGGUAAAAGGGCCUCUCGGCAGCGAAGGAACGAGAAUCCCAAAGCGGCCCCGGCCUCCUCGCCCCACAACCUGAAGCAGCUCGCGUUCCCUCAGCACGAGUGCGAGCUGCACGACUUCCGCCUGAGCUUCAGCCAGCUGCGCUGGGACCGCUGGAUCAUCGCCCCGCACCGCUACAGCCCGCAGUUCUGCCGCGGGGACUGUCCCCGCGCCCUGGGCCAGCGCUACGGCUCCCCGGUGCACACCAUGGUGCAGACGCUCAUCUACGAGCGCCUGGACCCCGCCGUGCCGCGGCCCUCGUGCGUGCCCGCCGCCUACAGCCCGCUCAGCGUGCUCACCAUCGAGCCCGACGGCUCCAUCGCCUACAAGGAGUACGAGGACAUGAUCGCCACCAGGUGCACCUGCCGCUAG